AAAUAAGUCACCCAUUCCCAGACAACUGAGGUUCAUAUCUUGUCUAUAUAAACAGAAAAAAGGAAGGUGCCCUUCAAAAAGACCAGGACCAAUCUCCCAGGGACAUCUACUACCAUAGUCUCAUGAUGCAUGAUCUAUUACUCUGGGCUCUCCUUGUCUACCUGGCUGUGAAUAAGUCCUGGGCCAAUGGGAUGAAUGCCAACCUCACUGUCCUAAAGAGAACUGUGGAAAAAGGGCUUCAAGUCCCAGGCAAUGGCAGCGGAGAGGCUCUGAACCUGAAAAGAAACACCCGUUCUGUAGAAAGAUUCAGUGAUGUAUUUGAUGGUACAAGCCUGAAAUGGGUAGAGUUUCAGGAGUCUAUCCCUGAGGGAGCUGUGUCCAUCUGGAACAGCUAUGCCAAGAGGAUGGAAUAUCCUUGUUCCGAAAACAACUGUGAAGCUGGCUUCUAUAGCCCAGACCGGGGUGCUUUCUGCUUCUACCCUUACAAAGGCCAAGAACACAAAAGUGAUAAGUUCUGGUUGUUGGUGAAUGAAAAUGAUUUUGAAUCCUUGAAGUGGAAAGGAGGUUUCUUAGGUAGCAUUCCAUCCAAUUCCAUCAACACCUGCCCAGGAGUCAAAGUCUACCUUGCAAAAAAUAAGUAUGGUCUAGGCAAGGUUGCUGGCCCUGUUAAAGCUUUCUUUAUAGGAAUUGAUGGUUGGGAAUAUCUGUAUUUGCGCUACGAUGUCCUGACAGUGAAUAAAGAUUAUCUCUCUCAGAGUAUUUACGACGUCAAGUACAUGAUGGAGAAUGGAACAUAUAAGAGGGAGAGUGUGACCUUAGCCUCCAGCCAAGUCACCAAUAACAACUGGAAGGUUGUGAAGAAGACGGCCACCUUAUCCAGGACGGUGACUUCCGAGCAUCGUUGGGAUUUUAGCAUUUCCCUCAAACUGGCUGUGAGCACUACCUUGACUGCCAAAAUAAUUGAAGGAUUAAGUUUAGGGUGGACUCCUUCUGCAGAAACAACCAUCAGCUGGAGUCAGGGCUUCACACAAAGGCAAUCGGUCACACAUUCCCUAACUGUGGAGGUAGAAGUCCCACCAAACCAUGAGUGUGAGGUGGCAAUGGAAGCCGUGAAGAUGACUGCAGAUGUUCCCUUCACUGCCACAGCAACACGUCGGUAUCGCAACGGGGAAAAACGAAGUGCCAAAGUCCGAGGAGUCAGCAAAAAUAUUGAUGUGGCACAUGUGAAAGUCCAAGUAACGUCUUGCAAACCCAUCCCAACAGCUCAUCCCACCUCAUGUCAGAGAUGUACGAACGAUCCAGAACGACUUGGAUUGAACCAUGAUGAGGAUUCAGAAUAAAACAUACAAAUGGUACCCCACUUCCAUUGCAGCUAUCACCAACUCACAGUAUUCUUUCAUCACAGCAUUAGAGAUUAUGCAAAGAGAACGGGAAUAAAAGUUUACACGUGUGGCUCUGUUAACCAAUGUGAUAUCGGAAAUUGCCUUUUAUUUCAGAGAUAACCCAUCAGCUUUUAUGUUUUACUGUUUUCUUUACUCUGUGGGAGAAUGCAAAUUUAUUUAACAAAGGCCACAUCCAUACUGAUCAAGACAGUAAGAUUAGAGACCUGCUUUGUCCUUUCAGUACUGUUGGCAAGAACAUUGAACCUGACCUUCUGUAAAAAAUUAACUUGCACUAUGGAAAAACAGAUUAAGAGCAAAAGUGAAACCAACUUUCUUAAACUGCUGUGUGCAUGGAUUGCCUUUGCUAACAAAGCUUCAUCUGUAUAUAAACCAACAACAUAAUUAGAAAAUUCUGGAAUGCCUCAUUUGGGUUUUAAUAUACAUAGCUGAGGGAUGUAAUCACCAUUUGUAGGGAUGUCAUUUCUCUUCAAAUCAGUUAGGUAUAUAUAUAAAAUCUGUAUAAUUGAACAAUGUGUCCCUGUGUGCUUUUGUCUAUAUCAGUGGUUCCCAACCCGUGGGCCGUGGGGCGUGCCCCAGCAGUGGGCUGUGAGAAUGAAAAUCCGGUCUGCAGACCUCCUUCCUCUUUAUUUAUUUUAUUGUGUUAAUUUUACUUCCACUCCUUUCCAUCCUUUUCUGUCUGUUACAUUGCAUAGAUCACAUAAGCUCUAGAUUGCUAAAUAUAGUCGUCUGUGGGCGAGCAGAUAGCGACUAUUGGAUGGCAUGUGUUUUGUAUCACAAAUAGAGCUAAUGUGGUCUAUCCAAUGCAAUUUUCUGAAUCAGACCCCAAAUAACCAAACCAAAUCUAAAGUUGAUCAAAACUUAUUAAUAAGCCUUUCAGUACUAAUGUUGGAGAGUGGUCCCUAGUCAAAGUGGUCCCUGGUCAAGUGGUCCCUGGUCAAAACAAGGUUGGGAACCACUGGUCUAUAUCAUUACCAGCUUGCUGUCUGUUACUAAUAUGUUUCUAAAUUGAUACAUCUAUAUUUGUACUGAUUUUAAAACAACUUUUAAAAAACAGAGGAAAUGCUUA